GAAGCGGCGUAGGCCACGGCUGUUGGGAAGCUGCUCGGCAGAGGCCCGGCACAGAGGUACAGGGCCUUGUGCAUUCACCCUCUGUGCGCGGAGUGCUCGGGGCGGUUGGCAUCAGGGCGAUAGGUGCUGCGGGCUGUCUUCGGCACAGGACCGGUCUCGUCAGGGUUCUGGGACUGCCUUGCUCCCUUGGUGCUGCUGUCAGUGCUGGAUGUGAAGGGCCCUGGGCAUAGCUGCUCUGCUUGGUGCAAGGCUUGUGUUUAGCUCUGUGAGACUCUUUAUCCCCAGGGCUGGAGCAUUGUGCCAGGAGAGGUUCGGGUUGGAUAUUAAGAAAGAUUUCUUCUCAGGAAGAGUGGUGCUGCAGUGGCACAGGCUGCACAGGGAGGUGGUGGAGUCACUGUCCCUGGAGGUGUUCCAGAGCCGUGUGGAUGUGGCACUGAGGACAUGGCAGGUGUCUCAGGUAGUCUCAGCCAGGAUUUGGGAGCAAUGUCGCAACAGCUCCUCUACCGUGCUCUGGUCUCUGCAAAAUGGCUUUCAGAAGCCAUCAAGUCCAAGCAAACUGGACAGGCCUUGAAGGUUGUGGAUGCAUCCUGGUAUUUGCCAAAGAUGAAGCGUGACCCGAAACAGGAGUUUGAGGAGCGCCAUAUCCCUGGUGCAGUUUUCUUUGACAUUGACCAGUGCAGUGAUCGUACUUCACCUUAUGAUCACAUGAUGCCUAAGGCCAAUGAGUUUGCUGAGUAUGUGGGGAAGCUGGGUGUGGGGAACGAUUCCCACGUUGUGGUGUAUGAUGGCAGCGACCAAGGGCUCUUCUCAGCACCACGAGUGUGGUGGAUGUUCCGGGUCUUUGGACAUGAAGCAGUUUCCCUUCUAGAUGGUGGCCUGAAGAACUGGCUGCGAGAAGGAUUUCCACUGAGCUCUGGGAAAACCCAGGUAGCUCCGUCUGAUUUCCAUGCCACCUUGGACAAGUGCAUGGUGAAAACCUACGAGGACAUUUUAGAUAACUUGGAUUCCCAUCGCUUCCAAGUCGUGGAUGCGCGCGUUGAAGGACGGUUCCGGGGAAUAGAGCCAGAGCCCCGAGAUGGAAUUGAGCCUGGUCAUAUCCCUGGCUCCCUGAACAUGCCCUUCACCAGUUUCCUCACGGAGUCUGGAUUAGAGAAGACCCCAGAGCAGAUCAGAAGUCUGUUCCAAGAGAAGAAAGUGGACCUCUCAAAGCCUCUGGUAGCUACGUGUGGCUCUGGAGUCACUGCCUGCCAUGUGGCUCUGGGGGCAUACCUCUGUGGCAAACCAGAUGUUGCCGUGUACGAUGGCGCCUGGGUGGAAUGGUACAUGAGGGCACAGCCUGAAAAUAUUAUUUCUGAGGGAAAGGGGAAGACUGUGUAAUGAGCUGCUUCACCUCUUAGUCGUACAGAUAAUCUGCCUUGAAACGGGAUUUGGGAAAAGAUGAGUAUAUAUGUUCCUGGUUAAGUGUAAUAGGUGAAGGUGUUGGGGAACACAUAUUGACACAUGGUGCUUCUCACUUUUGCCUUCUCUGACCCUCUGGGAGCAUAAAGAUGACCUGACCAGCCUGCUCUUGGUGACCAUGCAUGAGCAGGUGGGUUGUCUGAGAUGAUCUCCAGAGCUCUCUUUCAACCUCAACCAUUCUGUGGAUCUGUGACCUCUUUGCAGUUUCAUAUGGAGAGAGCACUGGUGGCAGUGUGAGAAUGUUACUGGGUCAGGCCAAGCUUGUGACUCAAGACAUUCACCAUGUUUAGUCAUAGGAUGGUCAUAUUUGUAUAGCUGUGCCUCAUGGUCUUACUCUCUGCCUCUGUCCUAGAAACCAGCCAUACAUAUCAGGGCUGUUUUGGGUGAGAAGCCCAGGGAAAAAAAAAAUAAAGAUUUUAAAGGAGGAAGCGUGGCUUCCAAAUUGGCACUCAACAAGGUUAGAGAUUUAGUUUGCAUUUCUUCUUGUGUUUGGAGUCUUAAAUGCAGCGUGUAUAUUCAGCCAAUUUUGUACCCCCAUUGCUCAAAAUUACCCCCCUUAAAAAAUAAAAGUAAUAAUAAUAAUAAAAAGAUUCUGGAAUUUAAAAAAGAGCAAAUAAACAUUUGUUUCAAGGUC